GUAGCAGUUUGGCUAAAGCUGAUAAAUUAUUGGAGAAGAUGUAGUAACGUAAUGGUUGAUUAUGUAAAUAUAUAAACGCAGGCCGCAGGUGUAGUGUCUCUUUAAGGCUGUCACUGCUCGCUCCUGCUAGCCUCCCGCUGCCUGUUAUUUUCUGCAACAAGAUGGCUGUCGUUCCUGAGAGCAGGGUCCUCACUUUCAGCGUUUUUAAAUGGAGCUCUUACUCCUCUACAUAUUUACCUGAGAAUAUCUUGGUGGAUAAACCUAACGAUCAGUCUUCCAGGUGGUCUUCUGAGAGCAACUAUCCUCCACAGUUUUUAAUAUUGAAGUUGGAAAGGCCGGCAAUUGUUCAGAGCAUCACCUUUGGGAAGUAUGAGAAGACUCACGUCUGUAACCUCAAAAAAUUUAAAGUCUUCGGUGGGAUGAGUGAAGAGAACAUGACAGAGCUUUUGUCCAGUGGCCUUAAGAAUGACUACAACAAGGAAACGUUCACCUUAAAGCACAAGAUCGACGAGCAGAUGUUUCCCUGCAGAUUUGUCAAAAUAGUGCCUCUGAUGUCUUGGGGUCCCAGUUUUAACUUCAGCAUCUGGUACAUUGAACUGCACGGUAUUGAAGACCCUGAUGUGGUGCAGCCCUGCCUUAACUGGUACAGCAAGUACAGAGAACAGGAAGCCAUCCGCCUUUGCCUCAAACACUUCCGGCAACACAACUACACAGAGGCCUUCGAGUCGCUGCAGAAGAAGACUCGGAUAGCACUGGAGCACCCCAUGCUCACCCACCUGCACGACCGACUGGUGCUGCAAGGAGACUUUGACGCCUGUGAGGAGCUCAUAGACAAAGCUGUGAGAGAUGGUUUGUUUAACCAGUAUAUCAGCCAGCAGGAGUACAAGCCCAGGUGGAGUCAGAUCAUCCCUAAAUGCAACAAAGGUACAAGCGCCCAAGAAAUCAACCGAGACGACAUGAACAGUGACGGCGAUGACAACAGGCCAGGGAUGAGGGGAGGACAUCAAAUGGUCAUUGACGUCCAGACUGAGACGGUGUACCUGUUCGGGGGCUGGGACGGCACACAGGACCUGGCUGAUUUCUGGGCUUACAGUGUGCAGGAGAACCAGUGGGCUUGCAUCUCCAGAGACACUGAGAAAGAGAGUGGUCCUAGUGCUCGCUCGUGCCACAAAAUGUGCAUCGACUCGCAGCGACGUCAGAUCUACACACUGGGCCGCUACCUAGACUCGAGUGUCAGGAACAGCAAGUCUCUGAAGAGUGACUUCUACCGCUAUGACAUUGAUGCCAACACCUGGACACUACUCAGUGAAGACACGUCGGCUGACGGAGGGCCGAAGUUGGUGUUUGACCAUCAGAUGUGCAUGGACUCAGAGAAGCACAUGAUCUACACAUUCGGCGGUCGGAUCCUGACGUGUAACGGCAGCGUUGAAGACAGCCGGACAUCAGAGCCGCAGUUCAGUGGCCUGUAUGCCUACCACUGCCAGGGCGGGACGUGGAGCCUCCUGCGGGAGGACUCAUGCAACGCUGGGCCAGAAGAUGUCCAGUCCCGCAUUGGGCACUGUAUGCUCUUCCACACCAGAAAUCGCUGUCUCUAUGUGUUUGGGGGUCAGAGGUCGAAGACGUACCUCAAUGAUUUCUUCAGCUACGAUGUGGAUGGAGACCACGUAGAGAUCAUAUCUGAUGGCACUAAGAAGGACUCCGGGAUGGUUCCAAUGACUGGUUUUACCCAGAGAGCCACUAUUGACCCUGAACUCAACGAGAUCCAUGUCCUGUCAGGCCUCAGCAAAGACAAGGACAAACGUGAGGAGAACGUCCGCAACUCCUUCUGGAUCUACGACAUCGCCCGCAAUAGCUGGUCAUGCGUGUAUAAGAAUGAUCAGGCUGUGAAAGAAAACCCAAGCAAGGCUCUGCAGGAGGAGGAACCGUGUCCACGCUUUGCACACCAGCUGGUCUACGAUGAGAUGCACAAAGUGCAUUACCUAUUUGGUGGAAACCCUGGCAAGUCUUGCUCUCCGAAGAUGCGCCUGGAUGACUUCUGGUCCCUCAAACUGUGUCGGCCCUCCAAGGAGUACCUGCUCCGCCACUGCAGAUACCUCAUCAGGAAAUACAGGUUCGAGGAGAAAGCCCAGUCAGAGCCACUGAGUGCACUCAAGUACCUGCAGAACGACCUGUCGCUCACUGUGGACCACACAGACCCUGAUGAGACCAAAGAGUUCCAGCUCCUGCCCUCGGCGCUCUUCAAGUCCAGCUCUGACUUCAUCCCUCUGGGUUUCUCAGACGUAGACCAGACGUACGCUCAGCGGACGCAGCUCUUCGACACACUCGUCAACUUCUUCCCGGACAGCAUGACCCCACCUAAGGGCAACCUGGUGGACCUCAUCACCCUCUAGCCCCUCCCACCUCUGACGCCUCACCUGCUGGACUGACUGAACACCUGCCCCAUGUGGAGACAGAGACCAGCUCUUUUUCUAUUCCUGAACCCUGCUGGUGGGAUUACACUUAAUCCACCUCCACCACACUGACCUGCUGCUGUCACGGGCUGCGUUACCACGACGAUGAGGGUCGUAAACACACACAACAACACUGUGCUAGUUGGAUAUGAGCGCAAUUCCACGACAGCCUGAGGUGUGUGUGUUUUUCCUUUUGUUUUUGCUGAGCACGCACAGCCCUGCUUGUGUUUUUCAUCUUCACUUGAUUGUUUUUUUUUCUUCCCAGAAAAGUUGAAGCCAAAAAAGAGGAUUUGCACAUUUGUUUGCAAUCUUUUUUUUCCAUUGAUUCUUCCUGGUUUUUUUGUUUUUAAAGCUCUGGAUUUGUGCACUCAAACUCCCACACAGUAGACCACAGGCGUCUAUCCACAUGUUUGGAGCAGAACAGAUGAGAAUGACGUCUGUUGAGGCCAGUUGUUGCAAAAGUUCAAUUCAGAUUCACUUAUUUAUUUGAAGACGGGGCGGUGUCACCAACGCACAAGCUCCCCUGUUCUUUUACUAUUCUUUCUGCAUCUCUACUGCAAAAUAUUUCUGGCUCCAUUUCAGCUUCCUCAUUGAUGAUUUGGUUAGUUUGCUUUUCUGUAACACACCCCCCUAUUUGUGAUCGUGACAGCCAUGCAGAUGCAAAAAAAAAAAAGAAGAAGAACCAUUUUAAUAGUGUUGUAGGAACAGUAGAGGAAUGAUUCUAUGAGAUAAAGUUUAAUAUAUAUUGAAAUAUACAUUUAUAUUGGUUUUGGUUGUUAUCCCUGUAAAACUGGCUGAUACAAGUUGUUUCCUCAGUAAUUAUUGGACUGUAAUUUAAUUCUAAGUGGUUCCAUGGUGUACAGAAUAUGUAAAUAUACUUUAGGAAUUUUUUCAAAGUUUCCUGGAUUGAACAGAUCCUCUGCUGGAUCGCGUUCUUUCUCCACAUACAGAAACUUUCUGGCUCUACAUUUAACACUCAUCGUUACUUAUGGGAAAGAAUUUCAAAUAGUUGGUGUGGGUGUGUGGAUGAAGUGCUGCUGCCACUUAUCCAGUUUGAUCAGCAUUACAGUGGCAGAAAUCUUUUUGAGCUGAGAGGAGGUUCCUUUAGUGUGAUGAAUUUUCCUGUUUUCUCCUCAAAGUUCCAAAUGUCCACCAGAAUAGUUUUGUGAAUUAGACAGCAGGACUGAGAGGAAGCAGCCUGAGGCCUUGUUUGCCUCUGAGUUCAGUCUGUUACGGUCAUAAAACACCCAGUUUGCAGGUGUUAUGUCACUUUUGCCCGAGCCGUUGGAUUAGAAAUGCUGGUUGGUUUUACUUUGAACAAGUAUUGAUCUGCAACUAACUGUUAGCAUUAUCAUUCCUGAUUGAUCUGACCAUAGUUUUUUUUUGUUUUUUUUUAAAAAAUCUAUUGGUUUUUUGAUUUGUUAAAUGUUAAAAUAGGUUAUAAAAAAAAAAAUACCCUUCACAUUUUGCCACAGCCCAAGAAAUUGAAAAAAAAACCAAGUAAAUUUGUAGCAUUUUUGCCUAAAAAUGACUUGAACACCUGAUCACUUAUCUUCCGUUAACAGGCUGAAUUCCAUUGGGAUCCUGAGGUCUAUUCAGAAUUCCUGCUGCCAUAUGUGUGCCACAUUAACACAAAUAUGAAUUGAUAGAAGUGAAGUUCACUGAGUCACCAACCAUCUACAAUAGCAUUCAAAAGUUUGGGGUCACUUAGAAAUGUCCUUAUUUUUGAAAGAAAAGCAGUUUUUUCAAUGAAGAUAACAUUAAAUGAAUGAUAAAUCCAGUGUAGACAUUGUUAAUGUGGUAAAUGACUAUUCUAGCUGGAAACAGCUGAUUUUUAAUGGAAUAUCUCCAUAGGGGUACAGAGGAACAUUUCCAGCAACCAUCACUCCUGUGUUCUAAUGCUACAUUGUGUUAGCUAAUGGUGUUGAAAGGCUAACUGAUGAUUAGAAAACCUUUGUGUAAUUAUGUUAGCACAUGAAUAAAAGUGUGAGUUUUCAUGGAAAACAUGAAAUUAUCUUGGUGACCCCAAACUUUUCAAUGGUAGUGUUUGUUAUCAUAUUGAUCAAACUAAUGAUCUUCAGCUGAGCCGUGUUAUUCAGGUAACUCUUUCCAUAGUCAUCAGGGUUGGCCAUGACAGGUGGUGGAGCAGGUUGUCCUCUAAAUGUACAGUUGGUGGUUCAAUCCCUGGCCCCUCAUGCAUCAGAGUGUCCUUGGUCAACACUCAAAAGAUUAUGUAGUAUUUUCUAUUCCUAGAGGAAACUUGUGAAACUGAUGAUUUUUAGUUCAGUUAAAGAAGUGGUAAAACUGAAUACAGUCCCCCUGAAACCAGAUGUCAGAUGCUGGGUGUCAGCUCACUGAAAAGGAGUAAAAAACUGUGAGGUGGCAACUUUAAAUCAAGUUUUAAAUUGAUGAAAUAACAGAAAAGCAGUUAACCAGCUCACAGGUGGAAGGUGCUGUUUGAGAGUGUGGUGCUGGCAGAAUAUUUGGGGUCUUGCUCGGGCACAGUGAAUGGAGGGAGGGGUUCGGCUGCAGGGCUGCUUCCCUGCUCGCGGCCCAGUUGCAAGCUUUUAGUCAACAUGUUUACCUCUGCUGUCACCAAAUCAUGUUGGGCAGUUUGGGAUUCAUGUCCACUGGUGCUUACUGCUCACUGAAGGUCCCACCUGUAAGUGUUCCUGUUUGUUGUCUUCCAUGACUCUCAGAGACAAGCUGAUUGUCUUUCAUAGGAAACGUGAUCACUAACGUCCCACUGGAGUGUCUGAAGGUCAGGUGCAGCAGCACCAACUGAUUGUCUCUUCCAGUACUAUGUCUAGAACAUCUGUGACGCAUCACAACACUACAUGACUCGUCACCGUUGGCACAUCUGCUGCGACUGUUAGCCGGACUUUGUAGAUAAUCUGUGUGUAUUGUACAGGAUCAGCAUUUUUCUAUCUCUGAGCUUGAGGAACAUUGAGAACAGACCAAGCAGAUCAGUGGGGCGGUUUACCAAGAGGACAGAAUGGGGUAAAUAUGUGGUUUGUAAGUUGUGUAACUCGUUUAAAAAUUGUGUCAUGUUCAACUGUUUUCUCAAACUGAGCGUUUGAGUGACAGACUUUAAGAUCAUACAGAACUAGUUAUUGUAUUUAAGUCUCUCUCUAGCAUUGUAUAGGCAGUUAUUAACAAUUAGUGCGCUUCUGAAUUCUGAAAUUAAAGGACCAUUCUGGGGUUUUGCAAGUGUAAACCCAAAAAGUAAUAACCUUGUGUAACUUUUAGCUGUGUUUCCACCAACAGAAAACAAUCAAACAAAACUGGAAUGUGUAGUUGUAGGGGCUAAGUCUGGACAUUUCCCAUGACAUUUCACUCGCUAUCUGCAUUUUCACCCUGGUAUAAAUACGUGGGAAGAUUAGGCAUGUUAGUCAGCUGAAGCAUCAAAAGUAGUCAGCUGUUUUACUACCUCAUUUCUGAGCAACAAUAUGAAACAAUGACAAACUUCAUUUUUAGCAAGGCCUGGAUUUUUCUAUCAAUCCAUCUCCCAUACUAUUUCUUCUCUAGUUGCACGAUGUUGUGUCCAAACACAACCCAGUAAACUUGUUUGGAGCUGCAGGUUUUUAAAAUGGCUGCUGUAAAAUGCUAGAGUAUUCCACCUGUAAUCAACAUUGACACAACAGUUCCUGAAAAAGUGCUUGAAAAAGUAGUCACCAAUGAGCGGGAACUUUAUGCAACCUGAAACAGUUUAAUUCCUGCAGUGGAAACACGGCUUUAGCUGGACAGCAGCCGCCGUAGCCUUGACUAGACAGGAUAUGAUGUUUUCACAUCAUAGCUGAGUCAGAUCCAGUGAUCAGUUUUUCUGAAAGAUAUAUUUCUGUUUAUCUUUGAAAACCCCAGAGGGUCUUUUAUCAACUGCUGAAAAUGACAUAUCUCAUUGCUUUUUUGUAAAACAGAAAAUCUGAACAUGAAAAUAUAGAAUAAUGAAAGGCACAAACUGAGGAAAGAUGAAUUCUAAAAUGCAAUGUAACCAUAGCUCUUAGACAGGAAGAUUAUCUGUUACACAGCAGUGUCUCUCCAGUGCUAACCAAUGCUAACAUUAGCCACCCUAAGUUACUGUUCAUACCAGAACAAGGAGGGCUUCAACAGUAAAACUACUGAGUACUAAACUGAGCGAAGAUGUGUUUUCUUGCUCAAGAAUUGAAGUUUUUGUUUGUAUGAGUUAAUGUCGUUUCUUUGUUCUAAACUUACUUGUUCGAAUGACCACUGACUGUUGAUUUUUCAGUGUGUGCUGCUUUGCAGACAGCUGUAAUGUUUAUUUCAGUAUGCUGUGAAAAUCAGCUGGCAGAGACUUGAAACAGUGCUGUCACUUCAAAUCUGAACAUGGUUGUAUCUUCAGUGUAAUGCCUCAUCUGGACUUCUGCUUUCUUCCUUAGAGUUAGCUGAGAUGUUCGAUACCACACUCAUAUAGGUACCUUCAUUAUGAUGCUAGCAAGUUGUGAGCCUAGCUUAGCAUAUAGACUGCACUGCAAGCCUGGCCUUUCCAGAGUUGAUCUGGAUCAUUUGUAAAGCUCACUAAGAACCCAGUGGAGUCUACUGGUUGCAGACUGUUUGGAGGCUCUGGGCUAAGCUAAGCUAAGCUAAACAACCUACCAGUGGUGUCAUUUUUAGCAUACAGAUAUGAGGGUGGUUUCAUCAAAUCUCUGCAAGAAGAGAGCAUGCAUACUAUUAAAUUACAAAGGAUGUGACUUGUAGCAAAUGGGCUGAAAUGUACAGAACCAAACAAAAAGCAGUGGUGUCAUCCUUUAAGUGUCUGACAUGAGAUCUUCUUCUCCUAGCAGCCCUGCUUGAAGGCACUUGAUGUGAAGUCUGUAUCCGAUAAAUUCAGCCUCACUUCCUCGUUUACUUGAUCCUGUAUUUAAAUGAACACUGAGCACAUUUAUCCUGUGACAGAACGUCUCAUUAACUGCUCUGGUGUAACAUAUAAACCCCCCUGUGCUCCCCCAGAAGGCUGUUUACUGAUUGUGGAUGUUCUGCUGCUGUUCCCAUCAUCCCUGUAAAUACUGUUGUUGCUGCAUUUCCCUAAUUAGCAGAUCUCAUCCCUCUGCAUUUACAUUUAUUAUUACUAAUAUUUUUGACAGCUUAGCAUGAGCAAGCACCAACAGAAGCUACUUAGACAUUUAAUUCCCUAAAUCCAGCAGUUGAGGAGAGUACAAGCUGUAACACUUUAUGCCAAUGUGUGGUCAUUGGGCGUGUUCAUGUUUUGGUGGACGAGGAUGAAGGCAUGUGUGUGUUCAUGUAUGUUUUGCCUCUGUUGCUCCGAUAAUGGAAUCAAUUAUGUGAUUAUUUUUUUAAAAAUCACUAGAUUAAAGCAACAUGAGGGAUUAUUUAUGGCAUUUUGAUGAUAUUUAGGGCUUAGGACACUUUGCCGUAGCAUUUCUGUUUGUGCCAGAAGAAAGAUGUGUUGAAGAAAACGAACUGAAAGCACCUUUGUAAAAAAUAAAAUAAAAUAAAACACACAAUGCCAAAUACUACUUUUCUUUUUGCUAUUUUAGGGUAAACAUCCUCCACACGUCGACAUUCACUGUGUGGAAAGUUAUUCCUUGUUUUCCUCUUUGUUUUCUCGUUAGGCCUGGGUGGGACUCAGGAGUCUAAAGGCUGGUACUCUCAGAUCAGUGAGCACUACUCUGUGGAUACAGUGAAUGUGUAGAAAGCCUUGUAGUAUUGCAUUGUAUGUAAUGUAUAUAAUGAAUAAAGAUUGUAUUUUGUUCAAGUUUUCUUAA